UCAAUAUUUCUAGUAUUUCUCUAUCUUUACAAAACAUUGUAGAAUGAUGAGAUACUAAAGUUAUGAACAAUGCCAACGGAAAUGUCAUUCUAACAUCUUAUCUAUUGCAAAAAGUAUUUAUCAACGUUAUCAAUAUGUGAAUGAAGGCAUCUUAUCAGUUUGCGAAAUGUAAUUGACAAGAAGUUAAAACAUAACCAAGAAAUUGAAACCAGAAUUAACUUCAGUUAAAUCAAUCAAUUUUAAUUUGACAGUGAAAUAUGGGUUCUACAACAGAAAUGAUACACAACGUUACUAAUUACGACACGACAAGUUUUUAUAUCGGUUUAGGACUAGCAAUUAGUUCUAGUGGCUUUAUAGGUGCCAGUUUUAUUAUAAAGAAAAAAGCACUAAUCCAACUUCAGAGAUAUGGAGUACGUGCAUCGUCUGGAGGUUUUGGCUAUUUAAAAGAAUGGAUAUGGUGGGCUGGUUUGUUAUCUAUGGGAAUAGGAGAAGCAGCAAACUUUGUUGCAUACGCAUUUGCACCUGCGUCGCUUGUAACACCAUUAGGUGCAUUGAGUGUUCUAGUAUCAGCAGUUUUAGCAUCCAAGUAUCUUAAUGAGAAACUAAAUCUACUAGGAAAGAUUGGUUGUUUGCUAUGCAUCUUAGGUUCUACCAUAAUAGUAUUACACUCCCCCAAAGAAGAAGAAGUUAGCAGUUUAAGUGAAUUGGUUGUCAAAAUCAGGGAACCAGGUUAUGUAUCUUAUGUUCUGAUUGUAAUAAUAUGCACCUUGUCAAUCAUAUUUCACUUUGGACCAGCAUAUGGCAAGCAACAUAUUUUGGUAUAUAUUUGUCUGUGCUCCUCUGUCGGUUCUUUAACUGUCAUGAGUUGCAAAGGUCUAGGUUUGGCGUUGAAGGAGACUAUCUCAGGUGGAGAGAACGCGUUUGCUAAUUGGUUGACAUGGGUCUUUAUAUUUAGCGUUAUUCUUUGCAUCAUGGUACAAAUGAAUUAUUUGAACAAAUCACUGGACUUGUUUGACACAUCGAUUGUGACACCAAUCUAUUAUGUCUUCUUUACAACUCUAGUAAUAAUAGCAUCUGCAAUAUUGUUCAGAGAAUGGGAAAAGAUGAGUGUAGAGGACACCUUGGGUGCCUCCUGUGGUUUCUUUGUAAUUAUAAUCGCUAUAUUCCUAUUGAACGCUUUUAAAGAAAUGGAUAUAUAUUACAAUAAUAUUAAACAUAUGUUAAGACCCAAGAGGGAAAUAUUUUUUAAUUAUAAUUCAAGAUGGGACAAUCAAGAAAGAGUAACGACUCGAGUGGAAUCUCAACACUUGCUUAAUCCUACUUACAGUACAGAUCUUACUAGAACUAUCUAAGGUUUAUUUUCAUAGAAAUAUGUACAGUAAGAUAUACACUUGAUUGUAUAGCAAUUAUAAUUGUUAAGAAAAUAAUUUAUUUUUAUCGUUUCUAAUUAAUUGUAAAUAUGCA